AUGAGGAACCUAGUCCUCAGAGUGAAGAACAUUGUCCUCGGAGUGACGAAAUUUGUCUUCAUAGUGAGGAACCUUGUCCUCAGAGUGAUGAAACUUGUCCUCAGAGUGAGGAAUCUUGUUUUCAGAGUGAAGAACCUUGUCCUCAGAGAGAAGAACCUUGUACUCAGACAGAGGAACCUUCUCCUCAGUGUCAGCAAUUUUGUCCUCAGUGUGAGGAACCUUGUCCUCACAGUGAGGAACGUACCUUGUCCUCAGAGUGAAGGACCUUAUCCUCAGAAUGAAGAACCUUAUCCUCUGAGCGAAGAACCUAAUCCUCAGAGUGAAGAACCUUGUCCUCAGUGUGAAGAACCUUGUCCUCUGUGCGAAGAAUCUUGUCUUCAGACUAAAGAACCUUGUCCUCAAAGUGAGUAACCUUGUCCUCAAAGUGAGUAACCUUUUCCUCAGAUUGAAGAACCUUGUCCUCAGAGUGAAGAACCUUGUCUUCAGAGUAAAGAACCUUGUCCUUAGAGUGAGGAACCUUGUCCUCAGAUUAAGGAACCUUGUCCUCAGAGUGAGGAACCUUGUCCUCAGAGUGCAGAACCUUGGCCGCAGAGUGAGGAACCUUGUCCUCAGAGCGAAGAACCUUGUCCUGAGAGCGAAGAAACUUGUCCUGAUACCGCAGAACCUUGUCCUCACUUUGACGAACCUUUUCCUCAGAGUAAAGAACCUAGUGCUCAGAAUGAAGACCCUUGUCCUCAGAGUGAAGAACCUUGUGCUCAGAGUGAGCAACCUUGUCCUCAGUGUCAGCAACUUUGUCCACAGUGUGAGGAACCUUGUGCUGACAGUGAGGAACGUACCUUGUUCUCAGAGUGAAGAACCUUGUCCCCAGAGUGAAGAACCUUGUCCUCAGAGUGAAGAACUUUGUCCUCAGAGCGAAAAAACUAGUUCUCAGAGUGAAGAAACUUGUCCUCAGAGUGAGGAACCUUGUCGUGAGAGUGGAGAACCUUGUCCUCAGACUGCGGAACCUUGUUCUCAGUGUCAGCAACUUUGUCCUCAGUGUGAGGAAUCUUGUCCUCAAGGUAAAGAACCUUGUCCUCAGUGUGAAUAA